AUGUCAGUUUAUACGAUGACAUCCGAGGAAAAACGUCUUUCACCUAAUGAAGAGUUAAAAGACAUUCCCUAUUCUAGAGUAUCUGAAACCAUAAUAAAACCGACGGAAGAACGAGAAGAAGGGUUUUUCGACGAAACUUCUCUCUCACCUACAGAAUUCAAUGCUUCUCUUCUAUCGACGAUUAAAAAAUCAGAAUCGACUUUAAAUAAUAAUACCGCUGGAAAGCUCAAUGAAAAAUACGCGACGAUGCAGCAUAAAAUGACGCAGAUGGCUCGUGAGAUUGCUUAUCCAAAGACCAGGUCUACACGAAAUUCAAAAGUUUCAUCGCGUAGCAAAAUCGGUACAACUCGGCAAGAUGAACAAUCAGAGAUAGCAAAUCCAUUUCUCGUUGAUCAAUCUAGUAUGAAUCUUACGGUCGGCAAUUUAAUGAACAGGUGGUCAGAUUCGAAUAUGGAAAAAAAGAACUUGUCAAAGGAUUCGGAGGUAGAUCUACCAUUGGAUGAAAUUGGAAGCUCUAUUAUCCUCGCGCGUCCACGGGCAACAUUUAUGGAUGAGCAACAUGUUAUCAAGCGGAAGCAUGACAGUUUGGAUUGUAAAUCGUCAGAACCGUUUACUUCCAAUAUGACUCAAAUCAACUUAUCUUCAUUUAAAUCUACGACUCCAAAUUUUCGUUGUGGACAGGAAAGUUCUUCUAAUUUACAGGUUAUACCCUUUAAAAGAACUUGGGCUAAUUCUGCCCCAAGACCUAAUCCGAAUAAUUGUAAUGAAUCAGUAUUUAGCACUCCGGUUCAUUCACCACAAGCAAGUUCCUUGCCGUGUACCAUGAGAAAGCGUGCGCGACGUAUUGCAUCAUUUUUGCCGUAUGUUUCAUUAGAUAAUGAGGAUGAAUUUGUUUUGCUGGAGCAUCAUUCAUCCCCAUCCCCAUCCCCAUCUCUGAUUCUUAAUAAAGAACUUUUGAAGGAUGUUGAUGGAUAUAAUAAUAAUUCAUUUGAUGAUGAUGGAUAUUAUCAAACUUCACCAAAAACUACUUCUGAUACGAACAUUUAUAAACGGCAAUUGUCACAACAACAUUUAAGUUACGAUGAUGCAGCAAGAAGUCCUAUUUUUACUGAAACUACUAUAGAACCCUUGGAUGAAUUAGAUGAUUAUUAA